AUGUCGAGUGUGCAAAAUGGUUCAAAGCGCCCUGUUAGCGAGACGUUCGAUGUUGCUUGCAAGGUUAGUAAAAUUCUUUUCUCACUAAACAGUAGUUGUGUGAGAUAAAUCUUUGAUAACAAAGCUGUUUGGUUAUUGUUUCGUUUAUGUAGUAAUUAUUGUGAAGUUGCUUUAUUUAUUUCUUUGACUCAAUUUCCGCGUUUGUGUUUAUACUUGUCACGAAGGUUGGAUAUGCACUUGCGUGUGUUCGCUUCUGCUCUCAAAAAUUUCACCGUUCGAAUCUGCUCUGUUGAACACGUUUAGUGUCAUUAAACGAAUGGGUUCAAAUGGCAUGUUUAGUUUAGUUUGCCUUAUGUUUAGUCAGGUGUAUCUUUCAGCUACAGCCUAAAGAUUUUGAACAUUUAAUGUAUCUGAAGAACUUUAACAAAUUGACGUUUAGUAGCUGAGUCACCUCGAAUAUUUAAUAACGAGAGGUUAAAUAUCCUUAACCGCGUUCUUGACUUCGAAUUUUCGACCUGUUAAUUUUUCCUUAGGUGAUGUUGCUUGGUGAUUCUGGCGUUGGAAAAACAUGCGUGCUAGUCAGAUUCAAAGAUGGAGCUUUUCUGUCUGGAUCCUUUAUUUCAACUGUGGGAAUAGAUUACAAAGUGAGUUAUACAUGGCGCUGUUUUGUUCCAAUUUUAAUACUUCCAGAUGGACAAUUAACAUGAGGAUUUUAUGGUAGUUGUAGUACGUGUCGCCAAGCAUAAUUUUGUUUUAUCGUGUUUUUUUCUCCCGACGAUAGAACAAGGUAGUAGAUGUCGAUGGAACCAGAGUUAAAUUGCAGGUGAAAAAGUCAUAAAUGGACUAAGUUUACUGCUUCUUAACUUUUAUUUAUAGAUUAUUUAUGUUGAAAUGUUUAAUUUUUAGUUUUUCUUUUGUUUAUUUUCCACCACUUAAUUAUAAUGGUAAUCCCACUACAUGAUUUUUGAUCCAUGUCAGCUUUUGGCUAGAGAUUUUAAAAAGCGGAAUGAGCUUUGCAAAGCUCUUUAUUAAACGCUCCACUGUUUAAUCGCUGCUCACAGGGAGUUCAGAGUCGUUGACAGUUGAUAUUUGUACUUCCAAAUUAUGCAUUUUAAGUGUUUUUACAACGCAUGUAGUUUUGCAUAUGCUUGCAUUUAGGGUUGUCCCUGUUUUUCAGUAGAAUUUAAUUGAUUACAUUGUUAUGUUAAAGUUUCGAAGGAUUGUCACUGAUGUUCUAUGAAUGGUGUUUGGAGAGUAAAGUAAAGCAAAUCUAUUUUCUUCCACCUUCUUAUUUGCUCCACUUAUCAUAAGAUUAUCAUAAAUAAGCCAGAAGCAUAAGAGGACGUUUUUAUUAGCAACUUCAUCAUUGAUGUGUGACAAAUGCAGUCUGCGGGCUUGUAGAUUUGAAAAAUCUUUUAAAUGAAGGCGAUGGGCUGUCCAGGAAGAAGUAGGCGAAGAAGUGAGGCAAAGAUUGUUGUGAAAUUCUUUGAAGACUAUUCAGAUCCACCACCAGUCUUUUAAGUUGUGGUAUAGUUUUUGGAGAAUUUUCACUACAUUGUUCACCUUGUUUGCUAGUCGCUUAACCAGUCUGCAAGCAUACAGUACAAUCACACAGUUCUAUUUUUUUAAUUCUAAAAUUGAUGGGAGUUCAUUUUGUGAAUGGCACCAUGCCUACAUUGUUUGCAUACUGGUACAAGCUACAUGUAUGUAGCUAAUAUUCAAAUAUCCUGUAUUUUUCACAUUCUACAGCAAGUUUAUUGUAUUUGUAUGUCUCAGCUGAUUCCCUAUAUAUUUUAUGCUGAUAUUUUUGCAGAUAUGGGAUACCGCAGGACAAGAGAGGUUCCGUAGUAUAACACAUGCUUAUUACAGGGACUCGCAAGGUAGACAUUAAUUACUGUUUGCAUUAAUUAGAUACCGUAAAAUUCCGAAAAUAAGCCCCAGGGCUUAUAUUUUCCAAAGGCCCUUUUUGAGAAGUAUAUGUUUGGAGGGGCCUAUAUGUGGAGGGGCUUAUUUACGGAGGAAAAUUUGCAUUUCUAAGUCGAUUUGGCUAGCCUUACAGUUGGAAGUAAAUUUGCCGUUUUUGCUCUGUUUUACUUUGUGUUUGAGGGUAAUUUUCCAAGUACUCAAGCCCCCGGGGGGCUUAUAUUUGGAGGGGCGAUGUAAUGGAGGAUUUUUUGCGUUACCCAUUUAGGGGGCUUAUAUUUGGAGGGGCUUAUUUUUGGAAUUUUAUGGUAAUAAACAAACACUUGGCUGAAAUGCGGCCGAGUGUCAACCAAUAUAUCAGCUGACACACCAGCUGACAUAUUGGUCAAGUGUUGACCGACAAAUCGGUCGAUAUGUUGACUGAUAUGACGACCAAGAGUCAGCCGAUAUGUCAGCUGACAUGUCAACCAAGUAGCAGCCGAUAGUGUCAACCAAUACUGGUCCAAGAGGUGCCAAAAUUACACAAGAUCUGCAAUCUUUUAUAAAUCAUACUGUGUAACUGACAUAAUUUGUUAAUUAUUUAAUUUCCUCAGCCCUCUUGCUGCUUUAUGAUGUGACCAGUGAAAGUUCUUUUGAAAAUAUCAGGGUGAGAAUUAAUAAUACUUUAAUUUCCUUUCCAUCUUUGCAGAUUGUGCUGCAAGAAGUUACACUUUGUUUUAACUUUUCAGAUUACAAACACAAACAACAUAAUAGUCCACCAAACCCUAACAUCAGAAAUAAUGCCCUUUUUUUCACUUUGGGGAGAGUUUGUCUAACAAUCAAUAUAUUAAUUUAUUACAUGGUGUAUUUCCGUUAUUCUCAAGAUAAUAAUUGGUUAUUUUUCAAGAGCUAACAGUGUGAUAAAGCAGCCACAAUGGCUGCUCCUUCCUGUUUGGCAAGACAAAUUCCAGUCUGUACAGUACGUAGGGCUGAUAAGUGCCCUUAUGUAGUGCUUAGAGUAUAUAAACAUUUUAUUUUUAGUGUUAUCAUUUUUGUACUUUGGAGUUAAGGCUCAACAGUAUUUUGUAGGCUUGAUUUUAAUGUUCCUACACAAGAAAACCAUGUUUAAAGUUUGGUUUAAUCCUUGGUUAAACUUAACGAUCUUUUAAGGAACCCGGCCCAGUACGCCGCCAUUAGUUUAUGCAUACCCCUCAUCAUUCCAUGUAAGAUUUCUUUUUCUUUUACACACAUGUCACUUCUAAUGUUCUGAUGUAAUAUUAUAUUUGUGACAGGCAUGGCUAUCUGAGAUUUAUGAAUAUGCAUCAUCUGAUGUCAUUAUAAUGCUGCUUGGAAAUAAGGUAAAAUUACACUUUUUUUAAGUCAGAAUAUCUUCCUUGGCUUGCUCAGUUUGCAAUAUGAAUGUCCAAUUCGGUAUCUACCGCUAAUUCCCAGCAAUAUAUGCACAAGCCUUAGGACUUCACGGUAACGAAAGUUUCCAGGAUAGUGUUGUUACUGCGGGCUUAAAAUAAUGGAUCAAAAAAUAGUUUCCCAGUACCAUUUUCAGCCGUGGGAUCCAUUUACAGAAAUUCAUUAUUUUUCGACACAGAUACUUAACUAGUUAGCAGUUCUUAAGUUACAAAACUAAAAAUUAAUGUUUAGCAUCUAUCAGUUUUCUAUUGUCCACCAUCUUGAGUCGUUCCCAAAAAAUGCAUUAUGCGUUACUGGUUUAUGGUUUUGAGUGCCAAGAAAAAAAUGUCUGACUUAAGAAAGGGAAACAUUAUUUAGGAGAUGUGUCCCCAUGAAUUUUCACGGAACCAAAAAAUUGUUGCUGAAGGUUUCCCAUAAUCUCUGGGCACAGAACCAAAAAAUUGUUUUCGAACAUGGGAUUUGAAAUCCUAGGGCUUGUAUGCACGUACCAUUAUGUGAUUUUUACAUUAUCAUUUUAGGCCGAUUUGACAAAUCAGAGGGUUAUUUCCAGAGAGCAAGGGGAACAGCUUGCUAAGGUAUGGUCACUACUAACCUGUCUUAUUCCUUAAACAAAUAUUUGUAAGCACUUUAUUUGAGUGCCAUAUCGACAAGAAAGUGUACUUAAAUUAAGAACACCAUUUGAACAUCUCCUAUUGGAGAUACUGCUAUUUUAUGUGGUUCAUCUCAGCCACAUAAAGAGUAGUCAUUUGUGGGGCAAAGACUGCAGUACCUUCAUUCCUCAGUUAUUUAAAUAUCCCAAGUGUAGGUGUGGUCCUGGAAGUUGAACCUGGCAUCUCCCACUGUGUCAUCAAAUGCUCUGCCAACUUACCCAGUGCUACCACAGCAGCAACUGAUAUUUAAUGUCACGUGAACUUUAUGUCAAAGCUGCAGGCACCUUUUGCCUUGCAGACAGCUUGGAGUACUUAGUAGGUACCUUAUGUGCUUCUGGCUUCUUUUUUAUCAUUUUCUUGAAGACAAAAUGUAUAACAAAACAAAGAUUCAGUGUCUGUGGUAUCAGGGAUAUUCAAGGUUGUCUGAGGCUGAUAUCAUCUUCUGCGACCUUGAACAUAUUUCAGGGGUGAACUGGGCAUAUCAAAUUUUGGGCCUGGAUUAAGGUCCUGAAAGAGGCCGUAAAAAAAUGUCCCUCAUCUUCUCCCACAGAUGGGAUUGGAAAUUCGUAAGGAAGUAAGGGGUCUUUAAAUAAAGACCUAUAUAUUAAAAAAAGUAUGAAGUUAUUGUUCAAUAGGUCAUUUCCGAGUUGCCUCAAGCCUCUGUUUCAAGGUGAGGCUAAGUGCUCGGCCUUUGAUAUGAAAAUGAUUUUUCAUUUUCAUGCAAAUUAAGCUCAUUUUCACAAGAAAGGUUCUGCACUUGGCCUUUUUUUUUGAAAGUGAGGGGUUUUGGAACUCAGAAGUGGCCUAUUUCCAGAGGGGUCAUGGGGGAGGGGGGGGGGAGCAGUGUUGGCAAGGGGCAAAUUGAGGACAUGCAAAGAACAAUUUUAUGUAAUAAGACUUGACCACCUACCGGUAGCUUGGGUUACUGGUACAUGCUUUAAAACCAUUCAAUCAACCCACGUUACCAAGACGACACGCGAGUUUGGGCAAAAAUAAGUUUAUUGAGCCAAGAGAAAACUGCUAAUCGAUAGCUUGACAAUAAACCUAAACGCGACUAAACUGAAAAACGCCAAGACUACAAUAUGAUUAUUAACUUCACAAAGAUCAUAAGAGAUUAGGGAGGGAGAGGUGGGUAAGAGCUUACGCCUCGUCUCCGGAUCUUACAAAAGAUGUCCUUGCGGUCUGCACAGUCGAUUAUAAGAGACAUUUGAUACCUCUAUAACUGGUUAAUUAACCAUCAUUAAUAAAUGAUUUCUCAACUUCAUUAUGUCAUCUGUUUUAUCUGGAGAAGUUAUUUAUUUUUAUAGCAGUUAUUGGGCAAUUCCAGAAAAUAUCCAUACCCAACCACGGACGGCUUCCAUGUUUUAACCCCCCCUUGCCUUCGGAAAUUCCAAAAUGCGCUACCCCCCCAUGCCCUCAGAAUUCCAUAGUCGUGAACCCCCCCUCCCCUUCAGAAUUUCCGUGGUUUUUUUUAAGUACAUUUUCGACUUAGCAAUGCCUAUAAGAACAAACCAACAUGAAUUUAUGCCUCCUCAACGCUGUGAUCUAGCGGCGCCAGGUGACAAGCUUUACUCUUCAGUGACAAGGAAAACCUACGCUAGUUGCCAGGCCGUGCAAACUCCUUUUUAAGUCCGAAUUUGGCUAUAAAAAUAAACACCACUUAAGGUAAUUUUACUCCUCUUUGUUUUCUUGUGCUGUUUUGACGUUUACAAAGGAAAAUAGCUCAAACAGACUGUUAAAAUCUUUUGGCGGUCAAAUAUACCGUCGAGUCGUGUUGCGUCCUUUUAUACGUCAUGUAGUGCGCACGAAAAGCGUUCUAAUCUGACAGGCGUCCUUGGAAGUGAGGGACUGGUGUGAGUUUUUACUGUUUAUCGGACGGUUUCGGACGGGAGUAACAAGAAAUUUGCAAGCGGUAUUAAAAGAUACAUUUUCAGUUUUUAUUCACGUGACAAGAAAUUCAUCAAGGUAAAUGUGAAACCAAUGUUUUACUGUUCACUUCUAUAAGUUAUGAGCGUAAACACGUGUCUGAUCUAUCGAUGCUUGUCUUCUGCUUCGGCGGUCAUACGUUCGUGGUUUAUUUACGAACUACAAAAGUCCACAACAAUAGCGUUUUCCAGGAACUUACUCUACUCUUUCUACUCCAGAAAUCCCACCUGUGGAAUUCCCCCAUACGUUCGGAUUUCAAAUCGUAAAUACCCCCCCAUGCCUUCAGAAUUCCAUAAUCGUGAAUCCCCCCUCCCCUUCGGAAAUCCUUAAAGCCGUCUGUGGUAUGGUAUGGAUAUUUUCUGGAAUCGCCCAUUUAGGGGGACUGUGUACUGACUGAAUUAACAUAUUAUGUCAACCAUUGUAUCAUUUCUAGGUUAUAAGAGAUAAUUUGUGAUUAAAUCUAGCUUAAAGUGACUAAUAAUAUUCUUUCAUCAUUCUCUCUGUGGCAGACUCAUAAUGUAGCAUUCAUGGAAACUAGUGCAAAAAGUGGACUGAAUGUUGAUUUAGCUUUCAUGGCUGUUGCAAGGUAAUAUCAAAUCAGAGUUCAUAAUUAAACUAAUGUAAGCAUUUGAAUGAGGAGGAAGGAUUACCACAGUUGUUUAGUGCACGGCCUUCUUUGCGGGAGGUCCCAAGAUCAAUUCUCAGGUGUGACCGCAAAUCCUUCUUUCAACUUUUUUCCUUUCCGUGUACUUUUAAGUAGCUUUAAAUACUCGUAAAACAGAGCACUGAUAGAGAGAGGGCAAUAAAAUGAGCACACCAUAUGCCUCAGGUUUGUUAGUCAGUUGACUGUUUUGAGUUACCGACGUAAAAUCGGGACUCUUUAACUUCACCUUUACUUUUGAACCUUCCUCUGUUUGGUGAUUGCUUAUGGAUUGUGGACACACAUAAGAACUGACUUCCUAAUUGUUUUGUUUGGGAGAAUUUAUCUUGGUAUUUUGGAUAACAAAGAGUUGCUUAUGAGAGGUGGUUGCUUUCUUGAGUUUGAGUGUAUUAAAAAAAGUAUUUGCUUGUAGCUAUUGCUAACUGUGCAAGCAUUUCUGCACUGGCUAACAGCCCUGUGAAUUACCCAGUCAUAAAUUAAUAAUAUUGCGAAAGAUAUGAUUUCACACACUAAAUGUCAUGUUCUUAUUGGUUUUUGUGUUAACCCUUGGUUAUACCCUAACUUAAACUUCAUUCAAGAUUUUUCUUUCCUGUACAAUACCUCACGCAUCUGCCUCUUUUCUCCACUGACUUGUUUAUUAUUCAUGCUCUUACCCUUUAAUCACUCAUUUCAUUAAUUCACAUUCAAUUCACAUUCAGUGGAAUCUACAUUUUUGCAACCACCUAUCAACUUGGAAAGCAAAUUAAUUUUAGUUAUUGCAAUGUUUGAAAAAUUGGGGGUAAAAUUACACCGUUUGACUUGUGAAGGGAAGCUAGGUUGGGUUUAAAUUUUAGAGCGAUUUUCGCAUGACCUUGAAAUGAAAACGCAUGAACAAAACAAAAACAACAAACGAACGGAAAUAAAGCGGUUUGAUUGGUUUAUUGAACGGAUACAACCCCCCCAGGUUUUGGUUGGUUAAGCGAACGCUCGGCUGAAUAAACUUCAUGCCCGAAGAACUUUCUAGAAAUCGUUUUGACAUCAUACUGCAACACGAUUGGUCAAUCGAACAAUGCCUUCUCCAUAUUAGGGUUUUCUUUGGUGGAAAACGAAGAGUCCAUGUUUUGUUCUUUUCAUCCAUUUUCUGAUAAAACAAAUAACAAACACUUAUGAAAACCAUUUUUCAAGGUCAUAUGAAAAUCGCUUUAUCAAAACAUUUCAAAGAUUACUGGGGGUUCGAAAAAUUUGGAUUUAGCUGUAUUUAAACUACGUUUUCUGUUAUUCAUUUAAUAAUUUCGUCCCUAUGGUUUUCCUAGUGAACUUUCUUUUCAAGUUAGCAGUGACAUGAGGUUAAUUUAGAAUUAGCAAAUUGGAUAAAGUGUUUUAUUGUUUGAUUUCAUUUUUGGGUGGAAAGAGAUAUUCAGUUGUAUCAUUUCUCUAUUUAAAGGGACAUGAAACACCGAAGCUUGAAGAGGCCUUCUGAACCAAAGUUUAAUAUUGAACAGUAUGUUGAGUCACAAAGAGAAAAACCAGGCUGCUGUUCUUGACGUUUUUAGUUUAAUUAUUACAUUGUAAUGUAACUCCAAAACUGAGUUACUUGUGGAGUUUGCACAAUGACUUUUAGGGUUUCUCCUGCAACAAACCUAUAAUUAAAAGUAAUUUAAUUAUCAAAUUUAAGCCAGUGUUUGAAAGUUUCCCAGUAUGGUAGAGUACGCUGACAGAAGAAUUUAAGCUGUAAAUGGAAACAAAAGUGGAAAACAUGAAAAUGUGAAAAAAAUGUGAAAAAGAAAUAGCACUCCAUAUUUGUCAAUUACAUAAUGUUCAUUCUAGUCCUGUGAUGAAGAUGGCCAAAUUAUCAGGACCUACAGCUGUAAAAGUAAUUCGAAAUGGCAGGGAAAAAAAAACAAUACGUGACUCUCAAAAUGGUCUGUGUCUAUGCUGUUAAGUGAUUAUUUUUACAGCAAGUUUUUGAUUAGUAGAGAAAAAUCUAAUCCAAGUGUCACGGAGGGUAUCCUUAUUUCAGUGUUGAUCACAGUAUUAUCAUAACCAAUCAGGUACUUCUCCUCUUCGAUCAAAAUUGGCCAAUAUCUAAAUUAAGGCAUAAUUUUGCAACAAUAAUAUUGUUAAGAAUAUGUCCAUUUAUUUUACAACACCAAGUAAAUAUGAUAUCUUAUUUAUUUAAUUCUUAUUUUAUUUACCACAGUGCACUGUAAACAGCUUUACUUAGAACUCAAGUUCAAAAAUCUCCCAAUGCAAUAUAAAAAUGUUUUUAAAAAUGGUACAAUUUAAUAAUACCAAGUCUGAUACAAUAGCAAGCUCUGUGGCUGAGUUUCAUGUAAGUAAGCUAUUUAAAAAGAUUUUGUGGAGAUGUUUAAGAAGAAUUCAGCAAACAGUCUGGAUAGGCAGAUUUGAUCUAGUCUGACCCUAGUCUUGGCUAAUUUAUACAACUUAAAUGCACUAAAACAGUCCUUUUGUAAGUUUUUCAAGGUUGCAUGGUUGGGUCAUAAUGCUAUACUCUCCCAAGGAAGGGGUGUGUGGGGGAUAGGGGGGUUCUCAUAGGGAACCCGGGAUCGCCGCUAAAGUCGCUUUUCUUUGCUUUGUUUUGACACCUCUGGCUUUGCUGAAGAGCCUCCUACUUUAUUAGUGAUCACCUCCUACUUAAAAAUCUAUUGAGAACCCUGUAGGGAAGAGGGGGACUCAAGUAUAUGGUGAGAUGUGACUGUUGUUGUGAAAUCUCUAAAACAGGAGUUUGAACACACUUUAUUUGAAGUCCUUGAAUUUCAAAAUAAAGAUUCAAUGCCUCCAUGAAAAAUUCCUGGAUUCUUGGUCCAAGAAAGGGUUUGAACCCUUUGAAUAAGUAAUGUUGGGUUAAAUCAGUCCUUCAAAAAACUCAAACUCCCUAGAAUAUAAUGAUAUUCAAAUGUAAGCUCUUUGUUCUCUAACAAGACUUUGAAAAACUGCAAAUGUCAAAUCUGCAAAAGGUAUUGGCAUGUCCUGGUCACUGCUUUUAUACCUUUGUACCCCCUUUCCCUGUUUAUAUCCAUGGCUCAUGUAGUGAAGGAUUUGCUGCAAAAGGUAGCAUAGCCAGAAAAGAGAUGGGAAGAUAAGCAGCUAUGGUUCGACACAGCAAAAUGACUGCCAACUGUCACAGGCUAUAGGUGGGAUGCAAUCUCAGCAUGCAUGAUGCUUGAAUCAAUUCCUGUAGUGGGUGGGCACUUACUCCUAAAAUUCUUCAAUUUUUUACGAAAUACGGAUUUAAGAAUUUUUUUCUUGUGAAAUGUAAAAUCCUGGGCUUUGGAAUCCGGAAUCUAAGUUCCACUGACAAGGAAUCCAUAAUCCAGUACCGGGAGUCCGGAAUCCACAACUUGGGAUCCAGAAUCCAAUACUGUCUUGGAUUACUUUAGCAUAGGGCGAUUCAGUCACCCACCUCAGCCUGUGAUAUACAUGUAUCGUUAUCUCAAUAAUUGUUUACUUCCCUAUUUAAUGGAAUUAUUUCAAUUCAAGAAGGUUUAAAAGCUACUAAAGGAUCUUAAUAAGUGUUAGUGUUUAUCCACAUAGACAAGGGAAUUUUGCAUGUAAGGAGAGGUAGAAGCCCGGGGGGUACUCGAUAUAUCCCUGGGUAGGGAGGUGCGGCGCGGCCCCUCAUACCCUGACCUUGUUUAAGACAAAUAUCGCUGAUUUUCCUACCCUGUUUAAGACAGAAUUCCGAUUUUUGAUACCCUGUUUAAGACAUUUAUCCUUUUUAAGACAAAAAUUGAUAAACCGAUACCCUGAUUAAGACAAACUGACUGGCUGGCCGCACGUCCCCAUUAAGCCCUUAUAAGGGAGUAAGAACUUAAAAAAUUGUAGAAAAUCAUCAAAUUCGUGAUGUAUAGCUAUAGACUUUCGUAAAUUUAAUAUCUUAGGAUAUUUUUCUAAGACAAAAAUAGUAUUUUGCUUGUUCCGUAAAAAGUAACUUAAAAUG